GUAAUAUAUAUUUUUUGAGUAAUUUUGAUUGGGAAAACCUUUUCUCUUUGAAUCCAGCACAGCCUGCGGCAUGUUACAUCAAUUGGCGUGCUUAAUUCUAAAUUGCGGGUGGUUGGUAAAGGGGACGUUGCGAAAGAAACGAUUAUAUAAUUGUGUCUCGUUUCGUAUUGCUUAAUAUUGGGAAAAGUACCUGUAAAAAAAAAUUGUUUGCAAUAACUUUACUGCUUGCUUCAAGCCUCGAUAUUAAUACAAUUGAAAUUACAACAACUAUGAUUUAGCUAGAUAAUUAAUACAAUAUGGUAGUCAAGUUCAAUUAAGUCGGCAGCGGUGGAAUUGCAUAUUAUUAAUCUAUUGAAAGUAUAAUAAUAGAAACAAAAAAAAGUUAAUUGCACGUGGGUGAAUUUUGUAAUGAAAGUGAGUUGAUGUUGCGUCAAGUCUUUUGCUGCAUGCUGACCGAUUGGCGGUCGUAGUAGAAGUAGUAAAAAAGAAAGUAAUGAAUAAUUAAGUCAAGAGUUGAAACCCCACUUUGUCCGAUUGGGAGUAAGCCGGGUGGGAAAUUACGUGCAGAAUUUGUGAUUUCAAGACAUUUCUGCUUUUAAGACUCCAUCGGGCAGGUCAAAUCGAAAAAUGUUGUACUUGUUUACAUAGAAGCUACAUAAACGCAUACAUCUAAUAUUAUAUAAAGCGAGAUAAACUAAUUGUGCGGUUGAUCGAAACCAUGGAUUUACUUAUUCCGAGUGAUAGUGAAGUGAUUAGCAGAGAGGUGAAAAACAUUGGAUUCGCUAUGGAUAAUCAGACGGUCUGCCCUAAGGAAGUCCCUUCAUUCACGGAGUACCUUUCCGCGCUGAGUGUAUACGGAAUUACAGUAAUAACAUGCGGAGCAAUAGCCGUUCUACUGGUUCUCAUCAUUUUUAUAGAUACACUGAAAUAUAUAAUGAAAAACUCUUCGCCGAGAGUGAAAGCACACUCCGCACUGGUUAUUGGAGUAUAUCCGGUAGUAGCAGUGGCAGCGUUUUGUGCAACUCUCGUCCCAAGGGCACAACUGCUAAGCGAAGCAAUGACACAAGCCAGCUUUAUGGUCGGAAUGUAUCAAUUGUUUUGUUUAUGCGUCGCUUACUGCGGCGGCGAAGCAGAGCUGAUUCGGAAGGUAAAGCCGGAAGCUCUUAAUAUGAAAGUUGGGCCUUGCUGUUUCUGGCCUUGCUGCUGCUUCCCAACGCUCGAAAUUACAAAGCAUCGCGUGCGAUAUUUGAGAUUGCUAGUGCUUCAACUCCCGGUUGUCCAAGGGUUGGUCUACAUGACCUUAUUAGUGAUGUGGGCGGAAAGAGAAAGCUUAUAUCAAGUGAACUAUAUGUACUUCCAACCCAUAAUUAUUAUAUCGAUCCUGUUCGGAAUUUGGGGAAUGCUGAUGACCAUUAACUUACUGAAGGAUGUGCUGAAAGAUUUUUCGAUGCCAGCCAAAUUCAUGGUUCUUCAGUUCGUACUUCUUAUAGCCAAACUGCAGGGAUUAGCUUUCAGGAUUGCGGCAUGGACUGGCCUCUUGCCAUGCCGAGAUCCCAUAAAUUCCGAAGUUUAUGGAAAUGUGAUACACAAUACGUUGAUGAUGGGAGAAAUGGUUUUGUUGGGAAUCUUAGCUAGGAAUUUAUACAAGAAGGUUUUACCAGAUCAAGAGACGAAAAUGUGUGUUAUUAAAACUAUCGGAUCCAUAGUCGAAGAAUUACAAUUUUCCAAUAAUAAUAACACACACAUCCCCAAUUUACAAAGUAACGACAACAAAGUUUGAACGUUAUUUUAUUAAUUAAUUUCGAAGUCAUUAAUUAUUGAAUAGAAUAUAAAUUUGGAUUAUGUAUAUUUACUGU